UAGUCUCGCGCUCGGGGGCGUGGUUGUGCUCCUUAAUGACAGCACUUUUGUUUUGCUAGUUAAACGUGUGGCUAUUAGUGACUUGUUGCGAACUCAUUCACUUUGAAUGCAUACUAGCUUUAGUAUUGAACCAGAUACGGCCGACAUUAAAUGUAAUGUUGGUAGCUAACCGUUAACUUCUCGUUCGCUGUAACUGUUAGCUGUUAGCUGUUGCUUGUUUUGGAGAUUAGCACAACGCUAGCUAGCUGCUAGCUAGAACUAGCUAUGCGGCUAAUGUUAGUUUUUAGCAUCGCGAGCUGGUCGCGAGUAGCCAACUGUUGGAAGUAGGAAGACCAUAAUCCUCUAACGUCAAUAACGACUUUAGUUUAAUCUAAAAGGUAAUUACAGUGCCAGACUGCUAAACUAACAUUGUCUCUCACGCUAAUGACUGACUUUUAAUGAUGGCGUUAACCGUGGACGUCCCUGCAGAUGAGUGGCCCUGAGAAGUGAUUCAGCUGGAUGAGUUAGCAACAAUGUCCUGUAGAUCAACCAAAGUGGCCCCGAGUGUUGAUUUCGACCACAGUUGCUCCGACAGCGUGGAAUAUUUGACGCUCAAUUUUGGCCCAUUUGAGACAGUUCAUCGCUGGAGAAGACUCCCUCCAUGUGAUGAGUUUGUUGGUGCAAGGCGCAGUAAACACACUGUUGUGGCAUACAGGGAUGCCAUCUAUGUGUUUGGGGGAGACAAUGGGAAGAACAUGCUGAACGACUUGCUCCGUUUUGAUGUGAAGGACUGCUCAUGGUGUCGAGCCUUCACCACUGGAACACCACCUGCUCCCAGAUAUCACCAUUCAGCCGUUGUCUAUGGCAGCAGCAUGUUUGUUUUUGGGGGUUACACUGGAGACAUCUACUCAAACUCAAACCUGAAAAACAAAAAUGACCUUUUUGAGUACAAGUUUGCAACAGGGCAGUGGACAGAAUGGAAAGUGGAGGGGAGCUUGCCAGUGGCUCGGUCUGCCCAUGGGGCCACGGUCUAUAGUGAUAAACUGUGGAUAUUUGCUGGCUAUGAUGGGAAUGCAAGGCUGAAUGACAUGUGGACCAUAAAUCUGCAAGAUCGAGAACAUGCCUGUUGGGAGGAGAUCGAUCAGAGUGGUGAGAUUCCUCCAUCCUGCUGUAACUUCCCUGUAGCUGUGUGCAGGGACAAGAUGUUUGUGUUUUCUGGUCAGAGUGGAGCCAAAAUCACAAACAACCUCUUCCAGUUUGAGUUCAAGGGCCACAUGUGGACACGCAUCCCGACCGAACACUUGCUGCGGGGCUCCCCUCCACCUCCCCAGAGACGUUAUGGCCACACUAUGGUUGCCUUUGACCGUCACCUGUAUGUAUUUGGAGGUGCGGCUGACAACACUCUACCCAACGAACUGCACUGUUAUGAUGUGGACUCUCAGAGCUGGGAGGUAAUCCAUCCCAGCAUGGACAGCGAGCUCUUUAGUGCCACCCUGGAUGUGCAUGUAAACACAUGUGUAAGUGAAUCCUUAACUACACAUUUUGAAGCAAUGUUUUCGAACGAUCUCCUUGCACAUUCCCUUUCCCUUCCCCCUCAGAUGCCCAGUGGGAGGCUCUUCCAUGCUGCUGCUGUGAUUCAAGAUGCCAUGUACAUCUUUGGAGGAACUGUGGACAACAAUGUGCGCAGUGGGGAGAUGUACAGAUUCCAGUUCUCCUGCUACCCAAAGUGUACUCUCCAUGAGGACUAUGGCAAACUGUGGGAGAAUCGUCAGUUCUGUGAUGUGGAGUUUAUUCUGGGCGAGAGAGAGGAGAGAGUCUUGGGGCACAUUGCCAUAGUGACUGCACGAUGUCAGUGGCUGCGGAAGAAGAUCCUGCAGGCUUGGGAUAGGCAGCGACAGAAGACUAAACAGGACAGCAGUGAGGAAAGUGACGAUGGGGCAGCUGGAGGCCUGAGGGAUUUCCCAGCAGGCAACAGGCCGAUGCAAGAGGUAUACAUCAGGGAAGCAGAGGCCCAGCCUUUUGAAGUCUUAAUGCAGUUCCUCUACACGGACAAGAUCCAGUACCCACGCAGAGGUCAUGUCCAGGAUGUUCUGCUUAUUAUGGAUGUUUACAAACUGGCCCUUAGUUUUCAGCUUUCUCGCCUCGAGCAGCUGUGUGUGCAGUACAUCGAGGCAUCUGUCGACCUGCAGAACGUUCUCAGUGUUUGUGAAAACGCCAACAAGCUGCAACUGGACCAGCUCAAGGAACAUUGCCUUAACUUUGUGGUGAAGGAGUCGCACUUCAACCAGGUGAUCAUGACGAAGGAGUUUGAACGUCUGUCCACCCCACUGAUAGUGGAGAUUGUGCGACGAAAGCAGCAGCCUCCUCUCAGGUUAUACUCGGACCAGCCUGUGGACAUCGGGACCUCCCUGGUCCAGGACAUGAAGGCUUACCUGGAGGGAGGCGGCCUGGAGUUCUGCGACAUUGUCCUGCUGUUAGACGGACACCCACGACCUGCUCAUAAAGCCAUACUGGCAGCACGAUCCAGUUACUUUGAGGCGAUGUUCCGCUCCUUCAUGCCCGUGGACGGUCAGGUUAAUAUCUCCAUCGGUGAGAUGGUUCCGAGUAAGCAGGCCUUCGAGUCCAUGCUGCGGUAUAUCUACUACGGCGACGUCAACAUGCCUCCAGAGGAUUCCCUCUAUCUGUUCGCUGCACCAUAUUACUACGGGUUUUCAAACAACAGGAUGCAGGCUUACUGUAAGCAGAAUCUGGAGAUGAACGUCACUGUGGAGAAUGUCUUGCAGAUUCUGGAGGCAGCUGAUAAGACUCAGGCCCUGGACAUGAAGAAGCACUGCCUGCACAUUAUUGUCCACCAGUUCAUAAAGGUGUCCAAGCUCCCCAACCUGCGGUCUCUCAGCCAGCUGCUGCUGUUGGACAUCAUUGAGUCUCUAGCUACACACAUAUCAGACAAACAGUGUGCCGAGAUGGGCUCUGACAUUUAGGAUGACGCCGAGAGCCGGGCUCUUUUCUCCUCUCGCAGAAGCCAUACAUCUCUGCUCCACCUACUUCUAGUCAUUCCCUCAUUCACAUCCGCAGUACUUUUCUUUAUGUCGGCCCUCGCAUGACUUGACCCACAUAUGGUAGACGGCAUUUAUCCACGCUGUAUCAAAUUGUUUUCAGUGUGUAUCUCAAAGAGCAGUGAAAUAGGUUAAGAGACCAGAUUCUAACCGGGUUGCAAUUUAUUAAAUGUUCUAAAAAUUCCCUUUUUUAUAUUUAGUUUGUAAUUUAUUUAUUUUGAUUACAGAAGUAAAUGUCUGCAAGGUUUUAUUCUGCUCAGUAUUACUGCUGCAUUUGUUUUAAAUAGAUAUGCAGUGGACUGUAAUAAACCCUACUUGUGACGCUAUAGAAAGGCUCAAGUAUUACCCUCAGCUGUAAUCCGUCAUCUAAAUGCAACUUGAUCAAAGUAUACUAUUAAAUAGACUAUUUAUCUAUAUAUCCGUAUCUGUAUUCAUCAUAUUAUUCUCAACUCUGACACUGCUAACAAGCCGGGAUUAAAUGUACGGAAUCCAAAUCAUUAUAUGAUAAUAAUUAGACUGUAUGUCUGAAAGCUAUUUGUUUUGUUUAAUGUUAUUGUCAUUGGCACACAUCUUUGUAAUACUAAUCACCUCUUAGCAUUACUAACAGACAAGCUGUCUCUGUUAUACAAUAUAGCAAUGUGUAUCUAGUGACAUCAGUAUGCUGUUAUGAAAUAUUUACCCACAUGGGUUUCAUGUAUUUAAAGCCUUAAUAAAUCUUAUACAAAAUGAG